UCAUGUGAAAGGUCACGUGAGUCAGUCUAAGCAAAAACGCGUCCGAUUGUAAGUUUAAUAAGUACGUGUGUGUGUGCAUAGAUAACAAGGAAAGUACGUGCUUAUAGAAGAAGAGACCUCUAGUGGAUUGGAAGGUUCCGUAGCUCUAGGACAGGAGAAAAGACAAGAUGGCAGAAAAAAAGCAGCAAAUUCUGGACUUGGAUCCUUCCAGUGAAAUGGUUUUCAAAGGUCCAUUCACUGAUGUGGUGACGGCAACCCUUAAAUUGUCUAAUCCUACUAAUGACACGGUGAUAUUCAAGGUUAAGACGACGGCCCCCAAGCAGUACUGUGUUCGUCCCAACAGUGGCAUGCUUAACCCACACGAGAGUGCAGACAUUGCUGUGAUGCUGCAACCGUUUGACCCGCACGCAACGGACACACAGAAGCACAAGUUUAUGGUUCAGACGAUGAUAGCUCCCAACGAUUUCACAAUGGAACAACUAGACAACGUGUGGAAGCUAGCAUCAAAGGGUGAUCUCAUGGACUCAAAGCUCAAAUGCACCUUUGUGGAUGUCUCUCCAGAAGAACAGCCAAACAGCGAGGAAACUGUGACCACCUCUAAAGUACAGGGUGGCGAGUCAGCAGAUGUUGGUGAUAUCUUUUCAAGCAGCACUGUGGAAACACCCAAACCAGCCUCCUCCGAAGAACGAACUCCUCCCUCCCAGCCCACAGCCGGCUCCACCCCAGGACCACAGAAACAGGACAAGAAUCAGAUUGAGAGGGAAACUAUGGAAACAAAAGUGAGACAACUUCAGCAGAAGCUAGACAAGCUGACGACAGAAAACACUCAGUUGAAGGGAGAGGCCAAUAAACUGAAGCAGAGGGUGGCAACGGCUGGAUCUGCUGCAGCUGGCAAGAUAAAGCCACAGAUAUCACACAGCUCAUCUUCUCUGAAUAUAGUAGCUAUUAUGCUAAUUCUAGUGGCUAUUAUUCUGGGAUAUUUAGUUGGAAAAUGGCUGUGAUAGACUCACCUUUUUUUUCUUUGUGUGUUUCUAGCUAGACUGGAACAGGAUUAAAGAGGCUAAAAAAUUAUGACUGCCAGUUAAUUUGAGUUAAUUGUCUUCAUGUUCUAUGUGUCAUAGAGACUGUUUUACAUGUGAUUUGCUCAUCGCA